AUGCCGAGCCCCCCGAGCACUUUGGGGCGGCAGACCGUCUUCCAGUUUACAAGCGAAUGCCUGCCGCUGGCAUUUUCACUUUCAUCUCCAGCCCAAAUGAAAUUGCGUGUGAUCCUAUCCACCUUGGCACUGGCCCACUUUGGCAAGGGGGUGACCGUCAUGUGGAAGCUAUCAAGAGCUUGCAAGCAGCCUGACACCCUCACUAGCCUAGAAAACACAACGGCAAAACAUAUGGAUCUCAGCAAGAACUGCGACCAUGGCCUCGCGGAGAUCGAGGCGCUGCUCCGGCGGGAGCAGGAGCUCGUGACGCAACUCCGGGCGCUCAUCCUUCCACAACUCCACAACGUGGAUAGCGGGUCGGCCGAGCUCGCCGUCCAGCUCUUCGACGACGUGAUCGGCUGCAGCACCAGCGUCGUAUCUAAGCUCUUCACUGCUGGAAGUGGAGCGACCACCGAGCUCAUCGACGACAAGUCCUUAGUGAGGAAGAACAGCACUAGUACUGCUGCUGCUAUCGACGACAAGAUGGACGAACAGGCGAGGCCUAGUUGCGUCGUUGGUCGAAAGAGAAGGAGGAACGAUAGCAAGCGAUCAAGAUCACUCGUGACCAAUGUUCCACAUUAUGAUGGUCACCAGUGGAGAAAAUAUGGGCAGAAGAACAUCAACGGAAGGCAACAUGCUAGGAGCUACUACAGAUGCACCUACACAGAACGGAACUGCUCAGCAACUAAGACAGUUCAGCAACAAGAUCAAGAUGGCGGCGGUUCUAUUUAUUCCACAGACGCUGGUGAGGAUCAGGGUGCAAAGUACACUGUCGUGUACUACGGUGAUCACACAUGCAAGGCCGGCGACAACAUCAGUAACGACAUUAUCGAUCAUCUGCCCAAUCUUGUAGAUAUAGAUCUUCGGAGGGGCGAAACAGAGCGAGUAACGGCAGAAAUUUCAGAGUUCGAGAUGGAAUUAGAUGUGCCGGCUCUGCUAGAGGUGUUAAACAAUUCUCAGCUGAAUUGGGAGAUCGUAUGCUAG